GCUCCCCCCGUGGGGCGGUGUGGGGUGGGCUCAGCCCCGCAUCGCCGGCGAAGGAGGAGCAGGGACGGGCUUGCACGGCGGCGUCGCCCAUCCUCACCCAACCCCUUUCCUCCUCCUCCUCCUUGCAGACCUUUCCCCUUCUCAGGGCUCGCUGUGGGGAAGGGGCUGCUUGAGUCCCCCAUCCCCACACCUGGAAAGGACCCUGCCCCAUCGCCGGAGCGCCCGCGGCGAACCUUCCGCGCCCGCGCGCAUCUGGGCGCAUCUGGCACCGCAUCCCUCCGUCCAUCUCCGCGGCUUCCUAGGGCUGGAGAGGAGCCCCUGCCCCAUCGCCGCCGCCUCUGGGUGCCCCCCGAUGAAUCUGGGGCGCAGGGGCCAUGCCGGGGUGCUGGCAGCUCUACGCCGUCCAGUGGGCGGCGCUGGCCCUUCAGGGCGCCUGGCACAGCCUCCCGGGGGCCGCCCAGGAAACCCCCCUCCACUACUAUGGGGAUAACGUCAUUGACCUGCUGGAGGCCCUCAACGUCACCCGCUCUGUCGUGGGGGUCACCAAGGCCAAGGGUCCCGAUCCGGGCGUGCCAGCCUGGAAGUUCCGCCAGCGGGUGCCCCACCUGACCCUCCCCUGGGACUAUUCUGUCUACCUGCUGUCCACGGUUCAAGCGGCCCUCGGCUUCCACUUUGUGGCCCGCCAGAGCCGUGCCUCAGAAGGAACCCUCGUCUCCCUGGUCUCGUCGGCCGCCACCAAGCGGGACGGCCGCCCCCUUCUGCAGCUGGUGUCCAGCGCCCGGUCCGGCCGGCUGCGCCUCGACUACCGCGCCGUCCACAACAUGGAGCCGGCCUCCUUGGUCUUCCCCGGGAGCAACCCCUUUGCGCACGGCCUCUGGGUACGGCUGGCCCUCCAUCUGGAGCCGCAACGCAUCUCACUCUUUGUCGACUGCCAGGAGCCCAUCGUCUUCGAAAAAGGUGGCGGUGAGGAGGUGCUGAGCCUCAUUCUGCCCCUGGACCUGCAGGUCACCUUUGCCAGUUUGGAAGGAGACAAGGCCAGCAAGUUCCUGGGCUACUGGCAGACAGCAGAGAUUUCGCCCAGUGGCUUCCCCCACCGUCCCUGGCACUGCGAGAACCUGCCAGAGCCAGACCUCCUCCCUCUGUCCUACACCACAGCUGAGGAGCGCUAUAUGGACCUACCAGACGAGCACCUGCCUGAGCUGGACUCUCCGCCACCCCUUGAGCCACCGGCCUUGACGGACAUCCGCCACUACCAGCGGGAGCCAAGUGAGUCUGACUUCCCACCGCCGGGACCAGCGAGAUCCAGCGCAGCCAGCGCACAGGAUAGGAUACGGCGGCUGGAGGAGCUGGUCGACGGGCUGGGGACGAUGCUGGACAUGGUUAAAGAGCAGAAUUCGGACCUGCUGGGCCGCGUGAAGUCCCUGGAGGACUGCGAGUGUCGGCGGCCGGCGUGCCUCUGGGAAGGGCAGCGCUAUGAGGAUGGCGCUUCCUGGGAUCGAGACCUGUGCACCACUUGCGUGUGUGCGCAUGGCAAAGCAGAGUGCUCGCUGCGCCACGACCGGCCUCGCUGUCUGGGCUGUGCCGACGGCCGGAAGGAAGGGGAGAACUGGAGCCCAGAGCCGUGCUGGACCUGCCGCUGUGAGGAUGGCAAAGUGUCCUGCAAGAGAGAGGACUGCUCCCCUGCUCCAUGCCAGCACCCCGCAACCCCCCAGGGGAAGUGUUGCCCAGUGUGUGGAGGUUGUUUCUACAAAGGGCACCUCCUGAAGGAUGGGCAGAGAUACCUGGAGGAGCCAUGCAGGCAUUGCAUCUGCCAGGCAGGCAACGUCCGAUGCCAAGCACCCAGCUGCCCAGAGCUUUCAUGCCGGGAGCGCUACACGCCGCCUGGCGAGUGCUGCCCAGUUUGCCAUCCAGGUUGCGAGUACGAAGGACAGAGAUAUCAGGAAGGAGAUGUCUUUGCUGCCUCCUCGAACCCCUGUAUGAACUGCUCCUGCCUGAGGAGCCUGGUCCGCUGCCACCCUGUCCGCUGCCCGCCCAGACGCUGUGCCAAGCCCAGCCCUCAGCCUGGCCAAUGCUGCCCUGUUUGCCCAGCGUGUGAGCUGGACGGGCGAAUGCUGGAGCCUGGGCAGAAGGUCACCUCUGCGGACGGAUGUCAAAGCUGCACCUGUUCUGAGGGGGCGCUGGUGUGCACCCCUGCCCAGCCAUGCCCCCCGCCUUGCACCCACGGACUGCCCCCUGCCGCUGGCUCCUGCUGCCCGGACUGCACCCGCUGCCUUUUCCGCGGGCAGCUCAUUCCCAACGGUGGCGAGGUGGCGGGCAAAGACCCCUGCGAAUGCUGCGUCUGUCAGGAUGGGAACAUCGUCUGCUCCCAGGUCGCCUGCCCAAAGCUGGACUGUGCCAACACAGAGGAGAUCCCUGGGCAAUGCUGCCCCCUGUGCCAGGGUUGUCUGGACGGGGAAUCCCGGCGUGAGCACAAUGAAGAGUGGACCCCAUCCUCAGACCCCUGCGUGAAGUGCAAAUGCCUGGAAGGUCACGCCGUCUGCAAAAGGAGGCACUGCGCCAGUCUCUGCCGCCACCCAGCACCCCCUCGCCCCGGGACUUGCUGCCCCGUCUGUGAUGGUUGUCUGUGGGAAGGGAGAGAGUACCGCAGCGGAGAGGUGGUCCCGAGCGGAGAGCUUUGCAAGCGCUGCACCUGUGUGGCCGGGGAGGUUUCGUGUGAGCGAGCCGCGCCCAAGUGCCCUCCGCCGUCCUGCAGCCACCCGGGCAAACUCCCGGGACAGUGCUGCCCAACCUGCGACGUGUGUGAAUUUGAAGGACGGCCCUUCCAGAACGGGGACACCUUUCGGCCUGAAGGGGGCAGCCCUUGCCUGCAGUGCACGUGCUCAGAUGGGCACGUCCGGUGCCAGGAGGAGCUGUGCCCACCUGCAACUUGCUCCCAGCCCGUCCAAGACCCAGGGCACUGCUGCCCACUCUGCAAAGUGUGUGUCCUGGACAGUGUGGAGUUUGAAGACGGCACUGAGUGGGAACCGGAGGGCGAGCCCUGCACCAGCUGCAUCUGCCUCCAGGGGGAGCCGGUGUGCAGCCCCACCCCCUGCCCCCCACUUCCUUGCCAACAUCCAGCCCAGCUGCAAGGGUCCUGCUGCCCAGGGUGCCAGCAAUGCUCCUACAACCAGAGGCUCUACAGCAACGGGCAAGAGUUCAUCGACCCAGACCAUCCCUGCCAGAGCUGCCGGUGUCUGGAUGGCACCGUCCGCUGCUCCCCCACUCCCUGCCCCCCACUGACUUGUCCGCAUCCGGAGAGGAGGCCUGGAAUAUGCUGUCCAAAGUGCCCCGAUUGCACUCAGGACAACCGAGUGGUGCUGGACGGAGAGGAGCUGCCUAACCCGCUGAACCCCUGCCAGGCGUGCCUGUGCACCGCUGGAGAACUGCGCUGCAAGGAACGUCAGUGCCCGGGCGCCCUAUGCGCUCACCCCUUGCCCGGAUCCUGCUGCCAGAACAACUGCAACGGCUGCAACUACGCCGGGAAGGAGUACCCGAACGGCGCUGAGUUCCCCCACCCCACGGACAAGUGCCGGCAGUGCCACUGCAUUAAUGGAAACGUCCAGUGCCUCUCACGUCGCUGCCCGCCCCUUCUGUGCCCGGAACCAUUCCUGAUGCCCGGAGAAUGCUGCCCCGGUGUCCAGCACAUGGGGCGCUUCUACGACCCGUCGGACAAGUGCCGCGACUGCAUCUGCAACAACGGGACCAUCACUUGCCCAACGCCAGGCCCUGCGCGCCGGCCCAGUGCUCCCACCCGCUGGCAACUGGACUGCUGCCGCUCGUGUGACGGCUCUGAGAAUUGA